GAGAUCAUACCACUGCACUCCAGCCUGGGCGACAGAGUGAGACACUGUCUUAAAAAAUUAAAAAAAAAAAGAAAAAAGAAAAAGAAAACUUAUUUAAUCCUCAACAAAUCCUGUUAGGAAGCUCAGAGAGGGUCAGUAAUUAUUGCAGGCUUCUAGCGCUAAUACAUGGCGGAACCAAGACUUGAACAUAGGUUUUCGACUCAACAAUUGUUUUAAUUACUCUGUGCUGCGUAAACUGAGAAACCUCUGAAUCCUUACAAUUUUAAAAGAACAACUUACAGUUUUCAGUUUCCGUCAGAUUCCAAUUUUCUACCAAAUUGCAGCCCUGAGGUACGAAUGGUUACCAAACUUUGGUUACCAAACUUUGGUUAAACAAACAAAAUUAGUUCAUUAAAUAAAAGAGAAACCACUCCGCCCGGGCUGCAUUUUUUUUUUUUGUACGAGUUUGCCCUCUUUAUGCGCAAGGCUCCUUGGGAGUUGUAGUCUGAGGCAUAGUCCUGUGGGUGGAGGCGCUGACUCACUGGGACCCAAUCAGCAGAGAGUCAACUUGCUCUCCGCGCAGCGAUUGGCUGGAAGUCAGCGGUCUCCCGCCCGCGGCGCCAUCGCGCGAUCCCUAGUUAAGGCGGCACAGGGCCGAGGCGGAGUGUGGGUGACUCCCCUGUUCCUUGGGUCCGGUCGUCUGUGAUACUGCAGUGCAGCCAUGGCAGAACCGCAGCCCCCGUCCGGCGGCCUCACGGACGAGGCCGCCCUCAGUUGCUGCUCCGACGCGGACCCCAGUACCAAGGAUUUUCUAUUGCAGCAGACCAUGCUACGAGUGAAGGAUCCUAAGAAGUCACUGGAUUUUUAUACUAGAGUUCUUGGAAUGACACUAAUCCAAAAAUGUGAUUUUCCUGCUAUGAAGUUUUCACUCUAUUUCUUGGCUUAUGAGGAUAAAAAUGACAUCCCUAAAGAUAAAGAUGAAAAAACAGCCUGGGCGCUCUCCAGAAAAGCUACACUUGAGCUGACACACAAUUGGGGCACUGAAGAUGAUGAGACCCAGAGUUACCACAAUGGCAAUUCAGACCCUCGAGGAUUUGGUCAUAUUGGAAUUGCUGUUCCUGAUGUAUACAGUGCUUGUAAAAGGUUUGAAGAACUGGGAGUCAAGUUUGUGAAGAAACCUGAUGAUGGUAAAAUGAAAGGCCUGGCAUUUAUUCAAGAUCCUGAUGGCUACUGGAUUGAAAUUUUGAAUCCUAACAAAAUGGCAACUUUAAUGUAGUGCUGUGAGAAUUCUCCUUUGAGAUUUCAGAAGAAAGGAAACAAUGUGAUUCAAGAUAUUUACAUACCAGAAGCCUCUAGGACUGAUGGAUCACUGUUCCGAUUCAAAUUAUUCUCCAGUCCAUUUCCCCUUCCUAUUUCAGCUGUUCUUUUUCACCUAACUGUUCAGUCAUUCUGGUUUUCAAGUAGUGCUUUAUCUUAUGUCCUUGAAUAUAGUUGUAUAACUUUAUUUUUUAGGUAAUAAUUAGAACAGUUCCCUUCAGAGGCUGCAUUUGUCUUCUGCUUCCUCAAUAUUACUUCUCUUCAAAUCUGCCUUUGAAUCAUCAUUUAAAAAAAAAAAUUCACAUGUUUUUGUUGUGGUUAUCUUCUGGGGUUUCAAUUCCUCAGAAACAACUUUGUUCACAAUGGAAAGUAAAGAACACUGAAACAGUGUUCUUUCAGUAAAGUACAAAGUGUUUAUUUUACAAAAGAGAAGGUACUCUUGAGAGCAAUUCAAAAUCAUACUGACAAGGAUACUGACAGAAAAAGUAAUUUCUUCUUAUUAUAAAGUACAUUUAAAGUUCAAGGACUAACCUUAUUUAUUUGGGAAAGGGGAGGAGGAAGGAAAUGAUAUGGUACCCAGACACUGGGCUAGGCUGCAACUUUAUCUCAUUUAAUACCCCCAGCUAUCGUGUGAGAAAGAAAGCAGGCUAGGCAUGUGAAAUCACUUUCAUGGAUUAUUAAUGGAUUUAAGAGGGCAUAAAUCAGCUCAACUCAAGAUUUCAUCAUCACUUUUAGUAUUUAGAUUGUGCCUCAAAGUUGUAGUACCUCACAAUACCUCCUCCACUGGUUUCUUGUUGUAAAAACCUUCAGUGAGUUUGACCAUUGUGCUCUUGGCUCUUGGGCCUGAGUACCGUGGUAGGGGAGUAAACACUAGAAGUCUUUAGUACAAAACUGCUCUAGGGACACCUGGUGAUUCCUACACAAGUGAUGUUUAUAUUUCUCCUAAAGAGUUUUCCCUACCCCAAGGUCUUCAUGAUGCCAGUAGCCAUAUAUGAUAAAGUAUGUUCAGUGAUAACUUAGUUAUCAGAAAUCAGCUCAGUGGUCUUCCCCGCCAUGAUUCACAUUUGAUGGGUUUUUAAAAAUCAAAGUGAUUUUGAAAAUCUCUAAUGGCUCAGAAAAUAAAAACAUCCAGUUUGUGGAUGACUAUAUUUAGAUUUUCUCUAGACUCUAGUGGAAGACCUUUGGAAAGGCCAUGCCAACCGUGCUUGUACUGCUAGAAGCACUUUACAUUUCCUUUUUGGGUGAAAUGGAUUUAUGUGAGUGCUUUAAACAAAUAGCAAUACUUAUAGACUGAAAUAAAAUGAAACUUCAAAUAA